AUGGGAUCUACCACAGAAUAUGUCAACAUGCCUACCUUAACACUCUAUCGAGCAAAUGGAUCCUGCUCCCUUAUUCCUCAUGCGAUUCUUCGUCACUACAAGAUCCCUUUUACCGCAGUUCGACUAAAGUUCGGACCUGACGGGCUCGAGGCAGCUGACGGAAGCUUCAAUAACGCUCAUUAUCGAUCUGUCCACCCAAGAGGAUACGUACCUGCUCUGACUGCCGAUAACGAAGUCAUUACUGAGAUGCCCGCUAUUCUGAGUUACAUGAACUCGCUUCUCCCCAAAGAAAACCUCUUCGGCAUUGGAUCCAUUCAACAAGCUAAGGUUUUGGAGUGGCUUGUCUUCCUAUCUGGCACACUGCACGGCCUUGGAUAUGGAGCUUGGCUGGCUCCUGGGCGGUUCAGUGACGAUGUUACUGCCCAUGAUAAGAUUCGUGCCAAGGGAAGGGAGGUUAUUCAUGAAUGUUUCAAGAGGAUAGACGAUAGGGCGAAAGAUCAUGAGUUUAUUGUCGGAAGUGCGUUGACUGUCGUGGACUUCAACGUUUACAUCUUUGCUCGAUGGGCGCAUGAGGUAGAGAUUGAUCUGGAGAAAGAGUACAGUCAUUAUUAUGGGCAUGUCAUAAAAGUUCAGAAGAUAGAGGGUGUUAGGGAAGCCGUUGAAGAUGAGGGACUUGAGUUUUCAUUUCCUUAG